GGAAGCGUCUGAAGCAACAUUCAACAGUUCCAUUUGACUAUCAACAUAAUCACGUAACAGUACUGAUAUGAAGCUGCUAUUUUACAUAUUCUCUGUAACACUUUUUGCUUCUUCACAUGCGACCAGUGAUUGGAGACCCAUAAAGCGAUAUGCCGAAGUAGAGAUUGAAACCGCUAACCAAGGCGGAGACGGAAUAUACUACCAGCCCACUGAUGCUGAUCUAAUAGAAGAAAGUUACGUAGGCUACAGUAUUGGAAGUGGCUUACGGUCCAUAGCCCAAGGUUCUGCAGACAAAGCCCAGUCUGCUGUUGUUAGCCAGCGAACAGCUGGCAAUCAGGCUGCUUUCGUCGCUAAAAAUUCACUAGCUCACUCUGCUAUACAAGCUGCAGCCACAGCCCAUGCUGCUCUCGCUGGCAAAGAAGUUCUAUUCAAGAAUCUACAAAGUCAGACCGAUAAAGCUCAUCACAUCCUUGAAGCAGAAAUCUCCCAACUCGAGCUCGCCAAGAAAGCUGCAUCGAAUGCAGAAGAAUCCGCCCAACAUGCUAAGAACCACAUAUCUGUCCUCACAGCUGCUCUCAAUAGCGCCAAACUAGUUUCAGAGCAAACCAAAAAAGCAGCAGACGAAGCAGCCGCAGAAUUGGCCUCACAAUCGGCUAUGAUCGGCGAAAGCAAAUCCACAUUAAAGGCUUUGGAGAACCAACUGCACGCAGCUCGGAUUGACUAUGAAGGCACAAAACAGGCCGCUGAAAAGGCCACAUUAGCUGCUCAGCAAGCCCAAAAGAAUGUUUUAAUCGCUGGUCAUGAAGUUUCGAACAGUAUUGCAGCACAGGAAGGCUACCAUCAAGAAGUUGAUAUUCAUCAAACCUCGAAUAUAGACCUACAUAGUAAGCGCGAAGUAAAAAAGAAUUAAUUGUUUUUUAGAUGUUAGCAUUUAAGCCCAUUAUCAUUAAUUGUUAUUUAUAUAAAAGCACCAUAACCGCCAAAUGUUGACUACAUGAUUAGUUUUAGACCCCAAAGGAUCCUAUCAGAAUUAAGGGCCACCAAAAAUAAAUAAAGACAAGUGUGUUGUGUCUCUA